AUUGGAGUUAUGAAAGAAGUGGACGACGCAGUGGCCCAGCAGCAAUGGAGGCGAAUGGAGAGAAGAAGGCGGACGGCAAAGAAGGGAGCAAUCUUCUGGGUUCACCUACCUUCACGGAGCUCCAAAAUGGCAGGCUAAAGUGCGUUGAGACUGGCCACGAGAUGCUACAGAAGGACAAGGAUUCCUAUUCGCAGAGCAAACGCUGCCGUCUGGGCCUCAUUGACUUCGCUCUGGCCAACAAGAAACCCCCUCUCAACAUGUUCAAGCAACACCCUACUUGCCGUUCGAAGUUGGUGUGUAAGCUGACUGGUGAUACCGUCAAUAAGUCGGAGGAACACAUUUGGAAGCAUAUCAAUGGGAGAAGGUUUCUUAACAAAUUAGAGCAAAAGGAAAUGGAGAAACUCUUAUCAAAUGAUUUAGCUGAGGAAGGUGAACAGAAACUGAAGAAAGAACCAAAAUCAGGUGUGGAUGGCACGAAGAAGUCAGGUGUGGAUGGUGUGAAGAAGAGUAAGAAAAAGAAGGAGAAGAAGAGUAAGAAGGAGAAGAAGGAAAAAUUGGUUGAAGAAAUAAUCCCUGAAGUGAGGGAUUCUUCUAACAAGGAUAGUGAUUCAGAAGAAGCUGACUUCUGGAUGCCUCCAGCAGGAGAACGUUGGGACUUUGAUGAUGGAGGUGAUCGAUGGGGUUCAGGUUAUGGUUCAGAGUUGGAGCAGGAAAGUGAUGGAGAAAAUGGAACAGGUAUGUUUAGUGUCCAUGGUGAGCUGUGAUACUUUAAUUUGAAUGUUAGCAAUUGUUAUCUUUUAGAAUGGUUGAGAAAUAGGAUUUUAUUUUUAGAUAUUGUAUAAGAAUGAUGAAUACUAUAUUUGUAGGAAGUAUAUGUUACACACCACACUUACACAAAAUCUCAACUAUUUAUCUCUCCACUUUCAAUGGUUAAGAUUUGUCACAACUUUUUAGGUGAAAAGGAUAAUUAUCUUUAAUAAAUAUAAAUAAAUCUCAACUAUUAAAAGUAGAAAGAUAAAUUUUAUUAAGUGUAGUGUGUGAGACUUGUAUGUAAUUGGAUUCCUACUCUCUCUCUCUCUACAUAUAUAUUCAUGAAGGUCAAGGCUUGUGGAUGAAUAGCCCUGGCUACAAGCUCUUGCUGUCUUUAGAAAGAUCUCUUCUAAAUGUGAAUUUAUCUAGUUAAACUCACUGUUUUCAUAUUGUUCCUGUUAGGCAGUUACCAAGUAAUUUUGCACCAUUGAAAUAUCCUUUUACAACUACUGUGUUAUUUUCUCUGGAAUUGAUAAUUUGAUGGGGUUCAAAGUGUUUGUUUCUUUUUAUCAGACAUGAUUUUUUUUUUUUUCAUUUGGAAAAUCAUUUUGAGCUGUAUGGUUUUAGAAUUUUUCCUAUCAUUGUUUUAAUUCGUGUCAUCAGAGGGUCCUGUUGAAGAUGGUGAGAAGGAAUCCGAAGAGCUUUCCACACGGUAUAGUACUUAACUACGUUUUUCUUUAUUAUUGGAAGAACUUAACUUUCCUUUCUUCUUCAUGGUGAUACAUAUUGUUUCUGUUGGUGAGGCAUUACUUAACUCAUUUUUUCUUUGUGCAGAACAAAGAGACCAUCCAUCGAAAUAGGACCCAGCAGUGUUGCCUCAAGGAAGAAGGGGAGGAAGAAUCCUACAUGUUAAAUUCUUGUCUGUGGUUUCUUUGUAUUUUGUUAAUUUUUUAAAAUAAUUUUAUUAAAUAUCUCAGCAAAGC